CUGCCCUCCCUCCCUCAGCACCCUCAACCCACGGAGAUUGGACAGUCUGGUGCCACAUGGCAAAGAGGAACCAGGAUAAAAGACGAGCUGGACUUGGAAGCUGUAGCGUUUGUGGCAGAUCGGCUGGGAGAAGUUUGCCAGGGAAGUGGCACCAAAGUUCCCUGACUGCACGGAGCUGGUGCAGGGGAGGACAGACAGCCAAGCAGCCAACCAGGGACACCGCUGGGGUGAGCAACAAGCUGUGGAGCAUCCUGUUCCCCUCUGCGCCCAGCCAUGUCCCCGGUGGUGAAGGAGAAGAACCACGUGCGGUUGGUCUUCUUGGGAGCUGCCGGCGUGGGCAAGACAGCCCUGAUCCGCCGCUUCCUGAUGGACACCUUCGAGCCCAAGCACCGGCGCACGGUGGAGGAGCUGCACAGCAAGGAGUACGAGGUGAGCGGGGCCACGCUCAAGGUGGAAAUCCUGGACACCAGCGGCAGCUACUCCUUCCCCGCCAUGAGGAAGCUCUCGAUCCAGAACAGCGACGCUUUCGCCCUGGUCUACGCUGUCGAUGAUGCCGAAUCCUUCGAGAGCGUCAAGAGCCUGCGGGAGGAGAUCCUGGAGGUGAAGGAGGACAAGUCCCCUCCCAUCGUGGUGGUGGGCAACAAGGCGGAGAGCGGCAGCGAGCGGCAGGUGCCGGCAGAGGACGCCCUGUCGCUGGUGGAGCUGGACUGGAACAGCCGCUUCAUGGAAACAUCGGCCAAGGACAACGAGAACGUCCUGGAGGUCUUCAAGGAGCUGCUGCAACAAGCCAACCUGCCCAGCCGGCUCAGCCCGGCGCUCUGCAAGAGGAGGGAGACGCUGCCCAAGGAGCAGGUGCUGAGGCCUCCCAUGAACAAGACCAACAGCUGCUCCGUGUGCUGAGCCGCCCGCCCGGGCCGGGGGAAGGCAGCGGCUGGAAACUCAGGUGGGCUGAGUGGGGAGAAGCCAAAACCAACCUUGCUGCCUCCCACACCUUCCCUUCUCUUCCCCACCCAGCCUGCUGGGACUGGUGAGAGUUGGAGAUGAUGAGGUGGAGGGACCUGGGGUGGGGGGGAUGUGGGUGCUGGAGGGGAGAGUUCCCGGAAAGCAGGAG